GAGGGAGUGAGUAGUUGUUUCAGAAUCGGGUCGCAGCCGCCGCAAUCGCAUUCCGCACGACUGCUGCUUCGCAGGUCCGCCGGGAUCGCACUCGGCACUAGCUGUGACAGCCAGCUCUGGAUUCCGAAUCCGGCUUCGCAGGCCCAGCGGAUAGCACCGCAGCGGUACCCCUUCAGGCCUCAGGUAUGUCUUCCAACCUCCGCUUGUGCUGUGCGUUUUCCGAAUUUCAAUCGCUUUUUUGUGUUUUGGUAAUUAAACUUCGAGGUUGAUUAUAGUUUCUUCGGCACUUUGAACCGACCCUUUCCCACACCCGAUUUGAUUUAUGCAUUUGAUUUUGAAGAGAUACAUGGAAGUUGAGUUCAAUUAACCUCCAUCAUGAGAAUUCUUUCCCGGAAGGAAGCCGCGAGUAAGGAAUAUGAUAACUUGUUCAAACUGUUGCUGAUGGGCAACUUUUACCUUGGAAAGUCUUGUGUUUUCAGAUUUUCCAAUAGUUCAUAUAUUGAAAGUUAUAUUAGCACAAACGGAGUUAAUUUUGAAAUUAGGAUUGUGGAGCCUGAUGGGAAGAUGAUAAACCUCCAAAUUUGGAAUACUCAAGAACGUUUUUUGGACCACUAAAGACGGCUAGUCGGCUACUGUAGUGGAGCACAUGGGAUUAUUAUUGUAUAUGACGUAACUGAAACAGAGAGCUUCAACAAUGUAAGCUCUUAGUAGGUAAUAACUAAUAAAUGUGAUAUCGUGGAGAACAGUCUUGUGGACACAGAGACAGCAAAGGCAUUUGUGGAAGAGCUUUCCGUACCUUCCUCGAGUCUGGUGCAAAAGGUUCCAUCAUUGUAGACCAGGCUUUCUUAACAAUGGCUAGGGAGAUUAAGAAAAAAAUGGGUAGCCAACAUGCUUGAACUUGGAACUGCUGUGCUUAACAUUUAACAUUAAACACAGAACACUAGCUCUGUUUUGUGGACAAGUAGUUUCAAAAUGCUAUCUUCAUUCAUAUAACUGUAUAAGUGAGAUUCAUUCUUCCCAUUUCAUCCCAAUUACUAUGUUUUAUAAAUGUGUUGGUUGCUUUUUACCAAACUCGAUCUUAGUGUUGUUUUUUUUAACAUCUUCUUAUGAUGUGUUUUAUAUUCGUGUUCAGUGGCUAUUGGACUCAUACUGUUUUUAACUUCAAAGUUUGAAGUUUAAACUUUGAACUACCAUUGUUGUUGAAAAUUUGUGCACACAUUACAAGUAUUUUUGAAAAUGUCAACAUAUUAAACAUAAAUGUAUCCGUUUACAUAUUCCAACUGUAUGGAAUGUAAAAUCAGCUGUAUUAUAAAAACCCAAUCUGCACGUACGAAUUAACCUUUUAUAGUCGUAUCAGAAUAAGCUAACAUAGGUUCCGGUUAUCCUCCUGUGCAAGUCUCCCAAAGCUUCCUCACAAGAAUCAACUGUACAAAAGCUCUGUGCUUUCUAUCUGAUUCAGAUGGUCCUUUCAAGAGGGCUCCGAUUUGCCCAUCGCCUUGCUCACCGUUCUGUGGCUGGAAAGCUCUCACCUAUUCCUGCUUGUAGGAUUUCUAGCACGGAAAAUGGCUGCACAUACAAUGUACUGCUUAAUUCUAGAUCUCGAUAUGAAAAAAGGUCAGCAAUAGAAUGUUACAGUGUACUCAGUAUAAGUGGGAAUGCAACUAGAUUUCAGAGGAAGGAACCUUGUCAUGGGGUACGGCCAUGGAAGUUUUUUAUGCAUUGUAAUCUGUGAAUUACUAUACUAGGGGCACCACAAUUGUGGCCCAGGUUUUUUUUCUCACCAAGGGUGAAGUUCUUUCAUCUGCAUAUCAUAUUUAUCCUAAUAUUUUGAUUUUUUGCACCUUGGUUCGAAAUAAUUUACUACUUGAGAACAUUGGUUCAAAAUAAUUUACUACUUGAUUCAAUGAUCUUACAAUGAUAUAGUGUUUUAUCAUGGUUUGGUGCUCUUGGUUUAAUCCUAAUUAAAGUGUAUUUCUAUCCUCUGGCUUUUCUUUUCUUUGGAAGUGCCAAAUAGGGGCAGGUAACCAUUUCAUUCAUUCACGAGUUCAUUACUUAUUGGAGCAAUAUGCAUAAAAUCUGCUAAUAUUUCAACAAUAACAAUUUGGUGGAGUACUGUUAUUAUAUUUGGAUAAUGAUUUGAUUAAUUUCAUCUUUCAUUUGAGAUACAGGAACAAUUUUGUACAUCAGCCAGCAAUAAGGACACAGGUGAAGCAUUUCAGGAAGUGCAGAAAAUUUCUGUAACAUUUGUAGACAAGGAUGGAGAAGAACAACAGAUAAAGGUACCCAUCGGGAUGUCUAUCUUAGAAGCUGCACAUGAAAAUGAUAUUGAACUUGAAGGAGCAUGUGAAGGAUCGCUUGCCUGUUCAACUUGUCAUGUGAUUGUUAUGGAUAUGGAGUACUACAACAAAUUAGAAGAUCCAGCAGACGAGGAAUAUGACAUGUUGGAUCUUGCUUUUGGCCUCACAGAGACUUCACGCCUCGGGUGCCAAAUAAUCGCAAAGCCCGAACUUGAUGGAAUUCGGUUAGCCAUACCCGCAGCCACCAGAAAUUUUGCCGUUGAUGGAUUCAAGCCAAAACCACACUAAUUCAUACACGAGCGUUAUUUAUGUGUAAGCCCCCCUUUUUCUUUCUAGGUGUUCAAAUCUAUGUGUGACUUCAGAAAUACACUUCCAAUCACGCACACAUACAUGCAUGGCAAAGUGAGCGAUUUUGCCAUUUUCCCUUUGCUUUAGUACUUUUUAA